AUGAAACCAUCAAAACUGAAGCGCCAUUUGGAUACUAAACAUCCUGCAUGUAAAGACAAGCCGGUGGAGUUUUUUCAAAGACACCUCCAGAAGCUGAGGAGUUCACAGAAGUGUCUGACAGCGUCUUGCUCCAAACAAGAGGAAGCUCUCCGUGCCUCUUACCACGUAGCUCACCGUAUUGCGAAGGCGAAGAAACCCCACACAAUAGCCGAAGAGCUUAUUUUACCUGCAGCCAUGGAUAUGGUGAGAGAGGUGCUGGGUCAAUCAGCGGCAGACAGGUUGAAAACCAUACCGCUGUCCAAUGAUACUGUAGCUCGACGUAUUCAGGACAUGUCUUGUAAUAUUAAAGAACAGACCACAGCCCGCGUCCAAGCAAGCCCCUACUAUGCCCUGCAGAUGGACGAAUCCACCGAUAUAGCUAGCCAUGCUAUUUUGUUGGUUUAUGUGAGACACGUAUGGGAUGGUGAUGUGCAGGAACAGUUUCUCUGCAGCAGAGAUCUCCCUACCACUACAAAGGCAGAGGACAUUUUCAACACUGUGGAUUUGUAUUUGAGCUCAGUGGGCCUGAGCUGGGAAUACUGCGUGGGAAUCACAACUGAUGGCGCUGCUGCCAUGACCGGGAAACAUUCCGGUGUGGUGAAGCAAAUUCUGGAGAGAGCACCUGAUGCGACGUGGAACCACUGUUUUUUGCACCGUGAAGCGCUGGCGGCCAAGGAUAUGGUGCCGGUGCUCGACGAGGCCAUGAAAGAUGUAAUCAAAGUGGUGAACCACAUAAAACGUAGUGCAAAAAACAGCCGCUGCUUCUCAAAGCUGUGUAAAGAUUUGGGCUCCGAGCACAUGCAAGUGUUGUAUCACUCAGAAGUCCGCUGGCUAUCGCGGGGUAAGGUGUUGUCACGUUUUUAUGAACUUAAAACAGAAAUCGCCACCUUCCUCUCAGAGAAUAACUCCCCAUAUGCUGAACUGUUUGACAACGAAAUCUGGCUGGCACGAGUUGCAUAUCUUGCUGAUGUGUUUGAGCACCUCAACGCAUUAAACGUCUCUAUGCAAGGAAGAAGACACAAUAUUUUUGAACAGUCCGACAAAAUCGCUGCGUUCAAGAAAAAAAAAAUCACACUGUGGGUAAAUCAUUUAUCCAAAGACAGACUGGACAUGUUUCCCAAUGCUUGCCAUGAAGUACAGCAGCUGGACACCGCGGCCACAACUCGGUUUGACCACUACUUCCCUGAGAAAUACAGAGAUAAUGAUGCUUGGAUACGCGACCCCUUCCGCAUCGACAUGGAAAGCAUCACGUUGCCGAGCAACGAAGAGCAUCAGCUGGUGGAGCUAUCAUGUGACCAGACGAUGAAAAAGAGAUUUGGCGAGGUAGCCCUUUCCCACUUCUGGUGCAGCGAUGUGAUGAAAUGGACCCUGCGAGGCAAGUGCCUGCAGACAUCGUACUUCCCGGACGACCACACUGGCGAAGUAAUAGCCCAAGGGUUACAAGACUCGCUGGCCUCCUGGAAGCUUCGAGAAGACCGUCUUGUUUGCAUGACUACGGACAGCGGUACCAACAUGAUUAAAGCCUUGAGACUGACUGAGUGGCCCAACCUCCAAUGCUUUGGACACAGACUGCACAACGCCAUCAUGAAGUAUGAAAGAUCCACGGAUUGA